UCCAGUUCGUUCUCGAUGGCAGGGAGGAGCACGGAAGCGCCGGCGACGGUGGUGGGCGGCUACGAGCUGCGCGAGCGCCUCGGCGGGCGGGCCCCGGCCACGUCGGUGUGGCGCGCGGUGCGAAUCUCGACGGGCGCCCCCGCGGCGGUGAAGCAGGUGCGGCUGGCCGGCCUCCCCGCCCGCCUCCGCGACAGCCUCGACUGCGAGCUCCGCUUCCUCGCCGCCGUCAGCCACCCCAACAUCAUCCGCCUCCUCGACGUCAUCCGGACCCCGGGCUGCAUCUACCUCGUCAUGGAGCUCUGCGAGGGAGGGGACCUGGCGAGCUACAUCGAGCGCAGCGGCGGCAGGGUGGACGAGAGCGUCGCCAGGAAUUUCAUGAGACAGAUCGGGGCUGGUUUGCAAGUGCUACGCAGGCACCAUGUCGUCCACCGGGACCUGAAGCCUGAGAAUAUCCUACUCUCUUGUCGUGGCAGCGAUGCGAUGCUCAAGAUAUCCGAUUUCGGACUGUCCAGGGUUCUUCAUCCUGGGGAGUAUGCAGAGACAGCCUGCGGUACCCGCUUAUACAUGGCCCCGGAAGUCAUGCUAUUCCAGAAGUACGAUGACAAGGUAGACCUGUGGAGUAUCGGCGCGAUCCUCUUUGAGCUCUUGAACGGCUACCCGCCAUUCCGUGGUAGAAGCAAUGUGCAGAUGCUUCAGUGCAUAAACAGAACUGGCUCCCUUCCGUUCUCACAACUCGUGGUGCCCAGCCUGCAUCCUGACUCCAUCGACAUAUGCACCAGACUACUAUGCACGAACCCAGUGAAGCGGCUGUCCUUGCAAGAAUUCAUCAACCACGGCUUCCUUCGACCAUAGAUGCCACACUGAAACUGAAGAGGAUUUUGGCUCUGCGCUGCAGUAUCAUCUGAUGCAUAGGAUCCGUUGGCUUGUUUGUGCUGGCUUCAGAUAGUGGCAACAUAUAUAGAUCUGAAUGUUUGUACUUUAAAUCAUCCAUGUACAGUUUCGUGCCAUUUAACUGUAGCCUGUAGGACCUGAAGCUUAGGAGUGGCUGAUUAGUUUACUGUGCUUGACUUACUGUAUGGAAAAAUGUAAAUGUGAAUAUAAUUUAGAAAGAAAAAUGACAAUUACUAUA